GUGCGGGAGCCAGAAAAGCCUGAGCCACCGCCGGCCAGCCCUGCACAGGGAUGGGCAGCGAGCUCUGAAAGUUCGUGGCCGCCGCCUCUUACUAACUCUGAGCCAGGACGCACAGCUCAGGCAGCGGCAGGACUGUACCCUGCCUGUACCCUGUCCCGGUGCCCUUUCGCGGUCACAAUCGGACACCCUCCAGGCCGGGUGCUCCCGCGCCUUAUAGGGGUUCAUGGAGCCGGGGCUGUGGCUCCUUCUCGGGCUCACAGUGACCUCCGCUGCAGGAUUUGUGCCUUGCCCCCACCCUGGGGGCUCUGGCAGAGCCAGUGUGUCCCAGGGGGCCCCUGAAGCUGGAUCGGAGGGGGACUGUGAAGAGACUGUGGCUGGCCCUGGUGAGAGGACAGUGGCCCCAACAGUUGCACUGCCGCUGGCACAGCCUGGAAGAGUUGGGCAGGACCGGGGAGCAGGCAGGUCUGGGGAGCAGGGGACCGAGGGCGUCCCUGCACACCACCGUCCUAGGCGCUGCACGUGCUUUACCUAUAAGGACAAGGAGUGCGUCUAUUACUGCCACCUGGACAUCAUCUGGAUCAACACCCCUGAGCAGACUGUACCCUAUGGACUGUCCAACUACAGAGGAAGUCUCCGGGGAAAGAGGUCCUCUGGGCCCUUUCCAGAAAGCUCCCAGCCUUCUCCAUGGACACGCUCGCGCUGUGCUUGCAUGGAGACAGAUGACAAGGCCUGUGCACACUUCUGUGCACAUCCCGCAGAUGUCACCAGUGAUUCCAGAAGAGUGCAAAGACCAGCUGCAGAAGAGAAGGGGGAAACUGGAGGUCCACGUCAAAGGUGAAGACAGGGG